AUGCUCGAGUCUUUGUCGGAUGAAGAUCUCAUUCAAGAUCACAGAGCAACAUUUGAAAAAACUAAAGACAAUGAGAUUGAAGUACCUCUAAUUCGAAAACUCACCAAACAUGAAAUUGCCGCUAAUGUUGCCUUCUUCAUGAUUGCUGGUUAUGAAACGACGAGCACAGCACUUAGCUACGUCACAUAUCUUCUGGCUAUCCAUCCAGUAGAACAAAAGAAACUACAAGAAGAGAUCGAUGCUCAUUUCGACCUAAACACGGAAGACACUAUGCCGACAUAUGAGACCGUAUCUG